AUGUUUCUUAUACGUGUAUUGGUGCCUCUGUUCUGCCUUGGAAUAGAAGUUAUUGCGCGAGCCGUGGCCGAACAAGUUGAUAUCCGCGAAAUAGCAGCCGACAAGGGUACAAAUGUGACAAUACCUUGCGGAGGAUUUCUUAAACAAAACACUUCUAAUGUUCAAUGGGUGCAUAGAGGCAAUCGCACUCAUCACACAGUGCUGAUAGACGGAAGCUUGGUUUUAAAGCAAGUGGGCGUAAACGAUGAAGGCCUCUAUGAGUGCGGCGUAGAGAACGAGACUGCAUACGUCGAUAGAGUCAAUCUUACAGUCAGAACGGAACCACCGCCACUGGCCAACGUGACAGUCCACGCGUCGACAAUCCUCGCGCUGAUACUGUGGAACGUGGCGGGCGACGGCGGGCACCCCAUUAUCGACUUCACGGCGCAGUAUCGCUCUGCGAUGCCGGUCAACGGCACUCUCGAGCCGUGGCGGCCGAUCAGCCCCAACCACAUCAGCCCUAACUCGCGUCAAAUAGACGUGUACCACUUGGAGCCUAACGCGUCGUACUGGUUUCGCGUGUGGGCGACUAAUGUGCUGGGCCCCGGUCCACCCGUCGAGGUGCUCGCCACCACGCUGUACAGCGACCAGGAAGCAGAGCUGUACAAGCACUUCCUGGAGGGCGCGGAGUCGUUCGACACGCGCACGUGGCUGGCGGCCGUGUGCGUGGUGUUGGGCACGCUGGCCGUUCUGGCCGCAGGUACCUGCGCUGUGCUGUGUCGCGAGUGGCGCCGCCCCGGUGAGCGCACGCCCUAG